AUGGAUGUGGGUUUCUGGGCUGCAGGAGUUCAUUCAGCUAAGAAGGUUUCUGCUCUCCAAGAUGCCAGACUCAACAACUCAAGCAACCAUUUAAUCAUUGAUGAUGAAGGGGAUGAUGAAAUGAGAGCUUGGUUUCCUUGCCCUUUUUGUUAUGUUGAAAUCGCUGUUCCUGUGCUUUGUAUCCAUCUGCAAGAAGAGCAUUGCUUCGACUUGAAAAAUGCCGUUUGUCCCAUAUGUGCUGCAAAUUUAGGAAAAGAUGCAAUCGGCCAUUUUACGAUGCAGCAUGCACAUUCAAUAAAGAGGAGGAAAAAAACUCAAAAAUCCGGCUUUUGGUAUAAUAUAUCCACAAACAUUGUUAUGGACAUCGGAGAACUAAGUUCAUAUUCGAUGAGUGGUCAGAUUAAAGGAAGCGAACCUACACCCGAUCCACUCCUUUCGCCAUUUCUCUGCAAUGUGCUCCGUUCAGACCCUAAAGACAGUCGAAAAGAUGCAACUUCUUACAUUGCUUCAACUAGUGAUGUAGAAAGCAAGAAAUCAUCACUGCCAGAAGAUUAUGAGGAAAGGAAACAAAGAUCUACAUUUCUUCAGGAGCUAAUUGCAUCAACCAUUUUCUCAGGCUCAAUGAAAGAGAAUUAA